AACUCCAAAUUGGAUUUGACAAAAAAACCCUACUCCCCCGCGUGCCAUCCCAACUUCCCCCGAGUCUCUCUCCUCCUCCUUGGCCCUUCUUUCUCACUCUCUGAAUUUCCCCUCACCCAAUUUCAGGAACCUACAAAAACCCCUUUCUUCUUCUUCUUCUUUCUCAGAUCUACACUUGUAUUCCUCCAUUCUCUCUCACCUUCUAUUCAUAUCAAUUCUAUCAGUCCUUCUACUUCACUCACUUUCUCUCUCCUCAAUCGCCGAGUCAUCAACUCGUGACUCGUCCAAUCUCACUCGCCAAAUCUUGACUUAGCAACACACGCUUACUUCAAAACGCGCAAAUUUCGAUUAUUAACGGUGGUGGAGUCGGUAGCAGCAGUAGCGGACCACAGGUUUAUGAAUUUAUGUGAGAAAUGGGAUCCCGUGGGAGGCCAUUCUUUGAUCUUAAUGAAACCCCCAUGGAGGAUGAUGACGAUAUUGAUGGUUCAUCUGGUGUCCAGCCUCAAAAAGUUCUCCCCUCUCUGAAUUCCUGUACAUCUGAUCUUCUUGUUUCAUCGGUUGCUCCAACCAACAUUGGAAAUAAUAAUGCCUUUUCUCAUGCUUCUUCGGUUUCUGGUUUUCAACCUUUUGUCAGAAAUAGGAUUGAUGAUCAGAAAAGGGCAAGGGAUUUGGGUUCUGAUACUGCCCCAUUGCCUGAAGUAGGUGAGAGUAGUGUUAGGAAAGAGGUGGCUUUGUUGAAUUCAGGUACUAUGUAUACUCAAGGUAUCGAAAAAGAAGAAGGAGAAUGGUCCGAUGGGGAAUGUUCUGAGCACCACGUAAGCCAAAGGGUUGAAGAAAAAUUAGCGAGUGGUGUCAAAGACUUAAAUGAGCAAGGAUCUGUUGGUGUAGCAGCAAAUAGUUCUCCUGCUGGGAGGUCCUUGAAGAGAAUUUCUCGUGAUUCUAGUCCUGCUGAAUCUAGGAAAAUUCAACAUGAUUAUUCUUCAGCAAGAUCAGAUACUUUGCCAAAUGAUAUCACAGGUGGCACCAGCCAGAAUUUGAAUGGAAAUGUUGAAUGUAACUCUUCCAUGGAUUUUCAGGAAGAUUCAGACUCAGUCCCUAAACAAAAGGAAGUCAAAGGAGUUGAAGCAAUCCAUACUUUGAAGUCUGCUAAUAGUCUUGGUAAACACAAGCUUGAUGAGCACAAAGAAGCUAUGCUUGGAAAAAAACGGAGCCGGAAGACAAUGUUUCUCAAUAUAGAAGAUGCUAAGCAAGCUGGUGCAGUAAAGUCUUCAACCCCUAGAAGGCAGAAUGUUCCAACACCUAGCAGCACUCGUAUGGUCAAGGGAACCCGAAAUAUGCGGUUAUCUGGAGAGCGUAAUGGAGAAAAGCAGAAUGAGCAGGCUAUCAAGGAUCAGAAUCAGGUUGAUUUGUCAUGCAAUGAUGAUCGUAGUUCCACGGAACCUAUUGAGCGUAAAUCUGAAUCCAACAGUGAUAUUAAUGCAGGGCUUCUAGCUAGGCCUAGAAGAUUAAAUAGUUCCAAUGAUCUCUCAGCGGAGGGAAACAGUAGACAUAGUUCAUGGAAACAGCCUAACGAUACGAGGCAGUUCAAGGAUCCACAGACCCAAUCGAGGAAGCUAGCUUCAAGUAGUCAUGGCUCGACUGAUCUAAAGCUAGUAAAUAAGAAAAAUCCUCCUAAGCGUCAACUUGUGACCAAUCAUCAAUAUCAAGAUACAUCAGUGGAGCGUUUGUUGCGAGAGGUGACUAGUGAUAAGUUUUGGCAUAAUCCAGAGGAAUCAGAGCUUCAAAGCGUCCCUGGUCGGUUUGAAUCUGUAGAAGAAUAUAUCAGAGUGUUUGAGCCUCUGCUUUUUGAGGAAUGUCGGGCACAGCUAUACAGCACAUGGGAGGAGUUAACUGAAACAUCUUCAAGAGAUGCACAUGUGAUGGUUCGUGUGAAAUCUGUUGAAAGACGAGAAAGAGGAUGGUAUGAUGUUAUAGUUCUACCUGCAAACGAGACUAAGUGGACUUUUAAGGAGGGUGAUGUUGCAGUUCUUUCUUCUCCAAGGCCUGGUUCAGUUAGAUCAAGGAGAAAUAGUAAUUCAUCUGUUGAAGAAUAUGAAGAACCUGAAGGCUGUGCACGUACUGUUGGUACAGUCAGAAGACACACCCCUCUUGAUGUUCGUGAUCCUCAGGGGGCAAUACUUCAUUUUUUUGUUGGGGAUUCAUACGAUCCAAAUAGCACUUCUGAUAAUGAUCAUAUAUUGAAGAAGCUUCAGCCUAGAAGCAUCUGGUUCUUAAGUGUGCUUGGCUCUCUUGCAACAAUACAACGUGAGUACGUUGCACUGCAUGCCUUUCGUCGGCUAAACAUACAGAUGCAAAAUGCAAUCCUCAAACCAAGCGCAGAACAGUUCCCCAAAUACGAAGAGCAGACUCCAGCUAUUCCUGAGUGCUUCACUCCAAAUUUCAUUGAUCAUCUCCAUAGGACAUUUAAUAGUCCUCAGCUGUCAGCAAUCCAGUGGGCUGCAAUGCACACAGCAGCUGGUACUAGUAAUAAUGGGGUGACCAAAAGACAAGACCCAUGGCCGUUUACUUUAGUUCAAGGUCCUCCUGGAACUGGAAAGACACAUACAGUAUGGGGAAUGCUAAAUGUGAUUCAUCUGGUUCAGUAUCAACAUUACUAUACAGCAUUGCUGAAAAAAUUGGCACCUGAAAGCUAUAAGCAAAAUAGUGACAGAAAUGCUGAUGCUACUUCUUCGGGAUCCAUUGAUGAAGUCCUCCGAAGCAUGGAUGAGAACCUAUUUCGUACUCUACCAAAACUAUGUCCAAAGCCUAGAAUGCUCGUAUGUGCUCCAUCUAAUGCUGCUACAGAUGAGUUGCUUUCACGUGUACUUGAUCGUGGAUUCAUUGAUGGAGAGAUGAAAGUUUAUAGGCCAGAUGUAGCACGUGUUGGUGUUGAUACACAGUCACGAGCAGCACAAGCUGUCUCCGUUGAGCGCAGAACUGAGCAGCUUUUGCUCAAAACCCGUGAGGAAAUUUUUGGGUGGUUGCAACAGCUGAGAGGCCGUGAAGCUCAUUUGUCUCGUCAGAUGACUUCACUUCAGGUGCAGCUGAAUAGUGCUGCAGCUGCUGGUCGUUCCCAAGGUUCAGUUGGAGUAGAUCCUGAUGUUCUUAUGGCUCGGGACCAGAAUCGGGAUGCGUUGCUUCAAAAUCUUGCUGCAGUAGUUGAGGAAAGAGAUAAAGUCCUAGUUGAAAUGUCUCGUCUUCUCAUAUUAGAGGGAAAAUUUCGUCCUGGCAGCAACUUUAAUUUGGAGGAAGCUCGUGCCAGUCUAGAAACAAGUUUUGCUAAUGAGGCUGAGGUUGUGUUCACUACACUCUCUAGUAGUGGUCGCAAGUUGUUUUCACGUCUUACUCACGGCUUUGAUAUGGUUGUGAUUGAUGAGGCAGCUCAAGCCAGUGAAGUCGGCAUCCUUCCUCCACUUGCUCUUGGUGCAGCCCGUUGUGUUCUUGUAGGUGAUCCUCAGCAGCUUCCUGCUACAGUCAUUAGCAAGGCAGCUGGAACAUUGUUUUACAGUCGAAGCCUCUUUGAGAGGUUUCAGCAAGCAGGCUGUCCCACAAUGCUGCUAUCUGUCCAGUAUAGAAUGCAUCCUCAAAUCCGUGACUUUCCUUCAAGGUACUUUUACCAGGGACGGCUUACAGACAGUGAAAGUGUUACCAGCCUACCUGAUGAGAGAUAUUACCAGGAUCCUUUACUUAAGCCAUACCUUUUCUUUGAUAUUACGCAUGGUCGGGAGUCGCACAGAGGUGGGUCCGUAUCUUAUCAGAACAUACACGAAGCUCAAUUUUGUCUCCGUCUGUAUGAGCAUCUACAUAAAACUGCUAAAGCAUUGGGAUUGGGUAAAGUGACCGUGGGUAUAAUAACACCAUAUAAGCUGCAGUUGAAAUGUCUGCAACGUGAGUUUGAUGAUAUCCUUAAUACUGAUGAAGGAAGAGAUCUCUACAUAAAUACUGUGGAUGCUUUUCAGGGGCAGGAACGUGAUGUCAUUAUUAUGUCUUGUGUCCGUGCCUCGAAUCAUGGGGUCGGUUUUGUUGCUGAUAUCCGUCGUAUGAAUGUUGCUCUUACUCGAGCACGAAGGGCCCUUUGGGUUAUGGGAAAUGGCAAUGCUCUAAUGCAGUCUGACGACUGGGCAGCUUUAAUUACGGACGCAAAAGCUCGGAAUUGUUACACGGAUAUGGAUUCUCUUCCCAAAGAUUUUUUGAUGACCAAAGGACCUCCUUAUAAUUCUUUUCCAAAUAAGUUCUCCUCUGGUGCUAGGGGCGUACGCCCUGGUGGUCCACGAUCAAGGUUAUUUGAUAUGCACACAGAGUCCAAGCCUGGGCCAAUUUUAGAAGAAGAAAAGCCAAAGCAUUUCUCUAAUCGCAAGGACUAAGAUACUCGAAUCACUUGAAACAUUGAUAAGAAUUUCUUGAAGACAUUCUUGGAAGUUCUUGCACUUUGGUGUUCUGAAGAAGCAGCCAUGUUGUGGUAUUAAGUGGAGCACUUAACUGGUUAAGCCCUGAAGAUGCUCUUGCUCUUUGUGCUGUCAGAAAUACUUGCUACUGAUAUGACAGCAACUGUUAUAUGAACAAACCUUUGUGAGAAGAUCAUAUAGCUCAAGGAUACCUGAUUAUCUUUUGGCGUGAAAGUAAUGGUGAGUAUCAACAGCUCUUAGCCCACGUCGUUGGCUCCGCAUGUAUAUGGGUAUGAAGGUUUCCUGCAUGACAUGCCAAUGCUUCAGCACAUAGUGGUGUAUGGCUGUAUGCUUUGAUUUGAACCUCUCCAAUCAUUCCAACACGAUCUUCUGGAGGGUUAAAGGAAUUGACUUGCUUUUCUGAGCACCAACUAUUGACAAGUAUAUGAGAGCUUUGAUCUUGUUGGUAAGCUUCGUCAUUCCAUCUUUAUGGAAUUUAGCGGCUUGAAUCAAUAAGAAUCCAUGCUGGCUUCAAAGAUGCCGCUACUGGUCAUAAGCUUGCUGCAAUUUCAUUUUAGGGAUGCUGUGCAUUUUUUUUUUGAAACGUGCAUGGGCAUUUUGAUAAAAUGCUUAAUUAUUUAUAUCUUCCAGGAAAGUUCGUUUUUUUUUUUUCAAAAACAAAAUUAUAGAAGAGUACAUGAUUUGUACAAGAAAACACCAGUAGUCAACAGGCGUAAAGGAUGCUUGUGGGACAGUUUUGUACAUAAACAAUUCAGCAAUAGAUGAAGAAUUCUUUCCUUCGCC